UUCAGUCCUUAGCAAGUGAUUAGAACAAGGUCCCAAUCGCCUAGAUCUCUAAAUUCUCUUCACACACACACAAACAAACACCAAAACGAAGACUCAAAAAAGAAUCGAAUCACGAGUGCAGUUGGAAUACAACAAGGGAUUUUGGGUUUCAUUUCCACUUUUUUUUUUCUUUGGAAAAAAAGAGUGAAGGUGAGGAAUUUCGAAGCCAAAAUUUUAAAAAGAACAAAAAAAGAGAGAGAAAAAACUAGACUAUAAUAGCAGUAGCAGCAGUGCUAUAGUAGUUGAGACAGGAGCAGUGAGUGAGAUUUUAUAUCUUUGGUUUAUUGGUGAGAAUAGUAGUGGAAAGGAUCUUUUUCUUCAACAUCUGCAAUCACAAUUGAUUUCCAGUGUAUCUUUUUUUUUUCCCUGCUUUUGAGGUCUCGCCGUCUUUGAAGUUCGGCUCUGGCCCUUUUGUCUACUAGGAUUGGUGGCGCAUUAAAGUGGGGAGCGUUCACUAGAGAGAUCCGUAGCUGAAGAUAUUUUUCGGGCUGCUCAGGCUGCAGGCAUUUUUAAGUCUGGUUCUUGGAACGAAGAAAUCUUAAAAACUCUCUCGCAACUGUGCUGUACCUAUUGACAGCGUGCUUGUUGGUUGUUUCCAAUCUGAAAACAAGGAAAAGGUGAUAAAUCAAAGUCAAGCAAAGGACGUAACAAGGAGGGGCUUCAAUAUAUAUAUAUAUAUAUAUCAACAAGGUCAUUUUGGGUCAUAGAGGGGAUUCUUCAGUCUCUCUUUCUUUUUUUCCCAUCUCGAAAGAGACAUUUCAAAGCGAGAUCUACCAGGAUUUAGACGUUGCUUUUAGUGAAAAACCAAGACAAUGUUGUCUCAGAAGCAAGCAGAAGAAGCAAUUGUUUCAAACUACAGCGAGACAGAUCAACAUGAAGGCAAGGAAGAAGAGGCAGAAGAGAACCACUCUUUGUUUAGUAUCAAGAGUGCUCUUUGGCAUGGUGGGUCUGUCUGGGAUGCCUGGUUUAGCUGUGCCUCCAAUCAAGUAGCACAAGUACUGCUGACACUUCCAUACUCCUUCUCUCAGCUUGGUAUGCUGUCAGGGAUUUUGUUUCAGAUAUUCUAUGGGAUUGUAGGAAGCUGGACAGCUUACCUCAUAAGUGUGCUUUACAUUGAGUACAGAAGCAGAAAGGAGAAAGAGAACGUUAACUUCAAGAACCAUGUCAUACAGUGGUUUGAAGUGCUUGAUGGGCUACUGGGUCCAUACUGGAAGGCAGUAGGACUUGCCUUCAACUGUACUUUCUUACUCUUUGGAUCUGUCAUUCAACUUAUUGCUUGUGCUAGUAAUAUUUACUACAUCAAUGACCAUAUGGACAAGAGGACUUGGACUUACAUUUUUGGAGCUUGCUGUGCCACAACAGUUUUUAUACCCUCUUUUCAUAACUACCGUAUUUGGUCUUUUCUUGGUCUUGGCAUGACCACAUAUACCGCCUGGUACAUGGCCAUAGCAGCUCUUAUUCAUGGCCAAGUAGGAGUCGUCACACAUUCUGCUCCGACAAAGUUGGUGCUUUACUUCACCGGAGCCACCAACAUCCUCUACACCUUUGGUGGACAUGCUGUCACCGUGGAAAUCAUGCAUGCCAUGUGGAAGCCCCAGAAAUUCAAGUAUAUUUACUUGAUGGCUACUCUCUACGUGUUCACACUAACCAUUCCUUCUGCCACCGCCGUCUACUGGGCCUUUGGAGACCAACUCCUCAACCAUUCCAACGCCUUUGCUCUCCUCCCCAAGAAUGGUUUCCGCGAUGCUGCGGUUAUCCUCAUGCUCAUUCACCAGUUUAUCACAUUUGGGUUUGCAUGCACCCCAUUGUACUUUGUGUGGGAGAAGGUUAUAGGGAUGCAUGACACAAAGAGUAUUUGCUUGAGGGCACUUGCAAGGCUCCCGGUGGUGAUCCCAAUAUGGUUUUUGGCUAUAAUCUUCCCGUUCUUUGGACCCAUUAACUCAGCAGUCGGUGCUCUUCUGGUCAGCUUCACAGUCUACAUUAUCCCAUCUCUAGCCCACAUGCUCACUUACAGAAAAUCCUCUGCUAGACAGAAUGCUGCAGAGAAGCCUCCUUUCUUCGUGCCAAGCUGGACCGCCAUGUAUGUUAUCAACACCUUCGUGGUGGUGUGGGUGCUGGUGGUUGGUUUUGGGUUCGGCGGAUGGGCUAGCAUGACCAACUUCGUUAGGCAGGUGGACACGUUCGGACUCUUCGCAAAGUGCUAUCAGUGCAAGCCAGCAGGAGCAGCACCGCCCCGUCCUCACUGAGCUGACUUCACUGAAGCAAAUCAGUCCCAAGAUUUCGUCUGAGAAAAUAUUUCUUUUGCUUCAUAUUUUGUAUCAUACAAAGGGGAAGUAGCAGUAUCUCCUACAUGUGAUGUGUGCUGGAUUUUGCUUUUUCUUUUUCUCGGGGGUUACUUAAAUUAGUUGGUGAAAUAGUGUGUUGAAUUGUGAUGAUUCCUUUGCUAUUAAAAGCGUAGGCUAAUUAAAUCAGAUAAAAUAUAUGCUUAGUUUUCAUA